AUGAGUGUCGAUAAUCCUGGUAUUUCAUUUCACCAGAAUGCCGAUAGAAAAAUAACUUUCCCUGACAAAAAGCGAAGAUCAGCCAAGCUAGAGGUAGAAUAUCCAGCGGUCACGUAUUGUCUUUGGUGGAAGCUGCGCAUGAACGAGUACGUGACCUUCAGUGUUCUUCCACUCAAGUACAAAGAAGAUGAUCUGUCAACAUAUCACGUGGUACUUGGUGUCAGCCAAUUAGGGCCAGCACAACUCCGAGGACGGGACCCGGAAAGUUUCAAGGCGGAUUUCCGGGCACCUCUACCGUAUCGUUGGAAAGUAAUAAAUCGAUUUGACAAAGACGUGUGCUGUGGAGAACUCCGUGUUGAGGUGUACCCAAAGGGCCGGAUUCAUGCAUUCCAUUCAGGUGGAUUUGAAACAGAAAUGGAUUUGGAUCAGGAAAUGAGAUCUUCGCAAUAUCUAAUUGUUCUUCGCUUGCUUCGAACAGAGGUUAGAAUAAAAGACUUGGUGGUGGAGGAGACGCAUUAUGACUACGCGGUACAGUCCUUUCGGAAGGCCUCUAAGAGGUACAACACUGAUGCACUUUGUGUAGACGUGAUUGGCAAUGAUGCCCCUAGUAACGGUGAUCAACAGAACAAACAGGAUUUAAGGCGAAUGAAGAGCAGAAGUUUUCCAAUGGCGCUUCCAACGCAAAUGGAGAGGGAUGAUAGAAGUUCUUUGACUCUUAAUCAACCAGCCGAAAAUUACUAUGAUGACAUCGCAUUAGGCAGUCCUCUGCACUCAAAGGACAUCGACUUCCCAAACGUUACACCGCAUAUUAACGCAGUGUACUGUGACGUCAUAGGAGAUGGCGUUGCAGAGAGUAGCGAACUUAAUGGAGAGACGACGUCAGGAAAAGCUGACUGUCAUUACCACGAAGGAGAUUUUGAGAAAAAUGCAAAUUCAAAGCAAACGAAAAAGAAUAACAAAUCACCUCACAUGAUUAAAAAACCUGUCUCAACGCUUUUGGGUAAAGUGCAAGGAAUUAAGAAUGUAUUUGUGAAGAGAGCAGAACAUCCGUAUGAUGAGAUCGAUGAUGACGAAAUAAAACAAUCGUAAAACUAAGAACAUUUUUGGAAAUACGCUCAUAUCAGCU